AUGGACCAAGAACUGGCGGAGAAGGACCCAACCCAAGUCCUUCUGCGGUGGUCUCUACAACACGGUUUCGUCCCGCUGCCUAAGUCGUCCCGGCCUACUCGCAUCAGGUCCAACGCGGCUCUCUACGACUUCUCCUUGACAGAGGAAGAUAUGGCGAAGUUGGACGAGCUUGAUCACGGCAAAGCAGGCGCUUUAAGCUGGAACCCAGUGGAUGUCGACUGAGAGUACUACCUUGCGAGUGAUAUACACCCAGGGAAAUACUUAGCUGUGAAUCGAGAGUAAUCAUGGACUAUAGCGAGGUCAUGCGAAAACUCUGAGCAAGACUCAGUGCGGUCUUGCAACGGCCUCGAACUUCACACAAAUGAAGCAAGUCAGGAAGCAAAAAGGAGAAAGGCAGCGGACGUUGCGGCUGCCGGUUGAC